CGCUGCCGUAACGCAAGCAACUGUCGCAAAUCCCCACUGUCGCGAAUAUUGGCCGCCCACUGAAGAUGGCGGCGGAGCUGCAUCCGCGGAGCGGAAAGCUGAUCGGCCUGUCCAACUCGAACCGAACCGCCCGGCGCAACCAGCCAGUCCAAGAGUUCAACCACGGCCUGGUGCUUAGCAAGGAGCCGCUGAGGGACCGGGAUGUCUUCACCGUGCGCAUUGACAAAAAGGUGAACUCGUGGAGCGGCUCCGUGGAGAUCGGCGUGACGGCCCUGGACCCCGCCGCGCUGGACUUCCCCAGCAGCGCCACGGGCCUCAAGGGCGGCUCCUGGAUCGUGUCGGGCUGCUCGGUGCUGCGCGACGGCCGCUCGGUGCUGGAGGAGUACGGCCGCGACCUCGACCAGCUGGCCGAGGGCGACCGCGUGGGCAUCCAGCGCAGCGCCCGCGGCGAGCUCCACCUGUGGGUGAACGGGCAGGACUGCGGCGCGGCCGCCAGCGGCUUGCCGCCCCGGCUGUGGGCGGUGGUGGACCUGUACGGCAAGUGCACUCAGGUGACGGUGGUGGGCUGCGAGCCGCCGCCCGCCACGACGGAGAAAGAGACAAUAGAACUGGGUGAGGAGGUGGAGGAUGAGGAGGAGGACGGGGGAGAAGAAGAGGAGGACGAGGAGGAGGACGAGGAGGAGGAAGAAGACGUGGCGGUGUGUGGGGGUCAAGGCGACGGGGGCGUCGUGGCCUUGAUGAAUGUCGCAGCAAUGAAUGGAGACGAAGUGCCUGAGCUUAGUCGCAGUCACAGCAGACCGGACAAGUUCCCCAACAACCUGGAGCCCGACACGGUUCUAACGGAGCACCAGCUCUUUGACGUGUUCAACAACGCAAUAGUGUCUUUUUAUCGCUCGGAGGACGAGGGCGGAGGGGAUGAUGGAGGAGGAGUAGGAGGAAACCCGGGAUCCGACUCCUCCUCCAGGAAUGACAGGGGGAGCAGCGGCGGAGGGGGUGCGGUCAACAGCGACGGUGGAACAGGGACGACGGGCGGUGCAGGAAGUGGUGGUGGAGGUGGAGGAGGAGCGGGCGGAGUCAGCGGAAACGGCAACAACAGUCCCGCCGGCAACGGAGGGGCCGGGCUGGCGGUCGCGCCCGGCGCCAUGACAACCAACGACGCGCUGCUGUUCCACGAGAAAUGCGGCACGCUGAUCAAGCUGAGCAACAACAACAAGACGGCGGAGCGGAGGAGGCCGCUGGACGAGUUCAACAACGGCGUGGUGAUGACCAACCGGCCGCUGCGACACAACGAGAUGUUCGAGAUCCGCAUUGAUAAGCUGGUGGACAAGUGGUCCGGCUCGAUAGAGAUCGGUGUGACCACACACAAUCCCAACAACCUGGACUACCCGGCAACGAUGACCAAUCUGCGCUCAGGUACAAUCAUGAUGAGCGGCUGCGGGAUCCUGACCAACGGCAAAGGAACCCGCAGGGAGUACUGUGAAUUCAGCCUCGACGAACUUCAGGAGGGAGACCACAUAGGCUUGAUGCGCAAGGCAAGUGGAGCGCUUCACUUCUACAUCAACGGCAUCGACCAAGGUGUCGCGGCAGCCCAGACGCCGGCCGUGGUCUACGGCGUGGUCGACCUCUACGGCAUGGCCGUCAAAGUCACCAUAGUGCACAACCACAACCACAGCGAGCGGCUCCGGCGCAACAACGCCAUCAUGAGGGCUCUGUCGCCGGACGUGGGCCGGCCCCGGACGGCUCUCUCCCUCACGCCGGACUCGGAGGGGCCCGACCGACUGCUCUUCCACAGCAACUGCGGCCAGAAGGCCGCCAUCAUCAGCGAGGGCAGGACAGCACUGCGGCCGCAUGCGACGGAUGACUUCAACCACGGCGUGGUCCUGAGCGGCCGGCCGCUGCGCUCCAACGAGGUGUUCCAGGUCCGCAUCGAUAAGAUGGUGGACAAGUGGGCGGGUUCUAUCGAAAUUGGCGUCACGACACACAACCCCGCGUACCUGCAGCUGCCCUCCACCAUGACCAACCUGCGCUCGGGCACGUGGAUGAUGACGGGGAACGGCGUGAUGCACAACGGAACCACAAUACUGGACGAGUACGGACACAACCUGGACCGGCUCAAGGCAGGCGACACAGUAGGUGUAGUGCGAAAAGAAGACGGCAGCCUCCACUUCUUUGUGAACGGCGUGGCUCAGGGCCCGGCGGCCUGGAACGUGCCUCCCAGCGUCUACGCCGUGGUGGACCUCUACGGCCAGGCCGCGCAGGCCACCAUCAUGGACGACAUGGCGGACCUCCUGCCUCUCCCCGAGGACGGCUCAGACGGCCCCGCGGCCACGUCCCCCGGGAGCCCCUGCUCGGUAGGAGGGGCCGGCACGGCCAACGACCUGCGUUUCCACCACCUGCACGGCACCAAUGCGGUGAUCACCAACGGGGGGCGCACCGCCCUGCGUCAGAACUGCCGCAGCGAGUUCAACGACGCCAUCGUCAUCUCCAACAGGUGCCUUCGGGAUGGAGAGCUCUUUGAAAUCGUCAUUCAGAAGAUGGUGGACCGCUGGUCGGGUUCCAUUGAAGCAGGAGUGACAGCCAUCAGGCCAGAUGAGCUUGAGUUUCCCAACACUAUGACUGAUAUCGACUACGACACUUGGAUGCUGAGUGGCACGGCCAUCAUGCAGGAUGGCAACACAAUGCGCAACAACUACGGUUGUGACCUGGACUCCCUGACCACAGGCUCUCGCAUCGGCAUGAUGCGCUCAGCCACCGGCGACCUCCAUUAUUACAUCAACGGGGUGGACCAAGGUGUCGCCUGCACCGGCCUGCCGCCAGAGGUGUACGCCGUGAUCGACCUGUACGGCCAGUGUGUUCAGGUGUCCAUCACCAGCUCCUCGGGCCCGCUGGACAACAGCCUCUGUACCAGCAACGUAACCGAGAAGAGCUUCCCCAUCCACUCACCAGCUGGCGUUGCCCAUCGACUCCACAGCAAACACGGCAAGAAUGUGGUUGUGCUCGGCGACGGCUGCCAGGGCGUCCGAGUCGGGGGCUACGCUCACGGCAUCGUGUUCAGCGCCAAGGAACUCAAAGCCGACGAGCUGUUCGAGGUGCGGAUUGACGAGGUGGACGAGCAGUGGUGCGGCUCGCUGCACGUCGGUCUGACCACGCUGGCGCCCCCCGAGCUGCCGUCCUGCCCGCUGUCGGGCCUCUCCCCCUCCCUCACGCAGCUCCGCACCAAGGUCACCUGGCUGCUCUGCGGCUCCGAGGUCCGCCGCAACGGCGUGCUGCAGCGGCAGAACUACAGCUGCUCGCUGGACCGGCUGGCGGUUGGCAACCGGGUGGGUGUGAAGAGGUGCAGCGACGACACCAUGCACAUCUUCAUUGAUGGGGAGGACAUGGGACCUGCGGCGACUGCAGUAGCCAAGAAUGUUUACGCCGUGUUGGACCUGUACGGGCGGAUAACCGCCGUCUCCAUCGUGAGCUCCUCGGCGACAGAGGACGUGGAAAGCGUGAAGGCGCCGUCGCUCUCUCUGGACAGCUGCAGCGAAGGAGAGGAGGACAGCAGCCCCGUCAGAGAGCAGGUGGAGGCCGAGGCGUGCGCCUCAGCGCCGACCGCUAUGGCGUUCCUGGAGAACCACGGCAAAAACAUCCAGCUGUCCAGCCAGAACCUGACGGCGGCCAGAGUGUGCAGCUACAACCAGGGCCUGCUGGUCACCGCCCAGCCGCUGGCUCGCCAGCAGCUCUUCCAGUUUCAGAUCGACCGCCUCAACCCAUCGUGGACGUCGUCGCUGUCGUUGGGGGUCAUAGGUCACUCGCCGGACCGGCUCAACUUCCCCUCCACAGCGUGUUGUCUGAAGCGCUCCGCGUGGCUCCUGCAGAGAGACUCUGUCUUCCACAACUCCUUAAAGAUAUGUGAAAACUAUGGUCCUAAUCUGGACACUUGUCCAGAGGGGACGGUGUUGGGUCUGCUGGUGGACGCCAACAGUUGUCUCCACCUCUACGUCAACGGCAUGGACCAGGGUGUGGCGGUGCAGGACAUUCCUUCGCCCUGCUACCCCUUUAUCGACCUCUAUGGCCAGUGUGAACAGGUUACUAUAGUAACAAACAACGUGGCCGCUGUAGGGGGGGACAGUGGGGAAACCCGUUGUCAAGGAGACAUGGAAAAGGCGGACAUGGUUGAUGGAAUCAAAGAGAGUGUGUGCUGGACGCCCCCUCCAGAGGUCAACCCAAACAAGACCUGUGAGUACCAGGCGCUGUGCUCCCGCUUCAAGGACCUGCUCACUUUACCAGAUGGAUAUUUUAACGAAGACGCACAGUACAACCUUUGCUACUGCGAGUCCUGCCACAAGCUCCGGGGCGACGAGGCGUAUUACAAGAGAGGCGAACCGCCCCGGGACUACGCCCUGCCCUUUGGGUGGUGCCGCUUCGCCCUCAGGAUCAAGCCCCACUGUGAGGUGUCCAACGCACUGAAGAAGUGGCACAUCGCGUACCACGGCACCAGCGUCGGAGCGCUGCGCCGCACGCUGGACCACAGCCAGCUGCUGCCGGGGACGUCCUCUAUCUUCUCGGUGUCCCCGGCGAAGGCGGAGGGGCCCAACGGCUACAGCGAGCCGGAGGAGAACAGCGCCCCCGGCAGGGAGGUUCCCAGGGUGCGGCUCUCCCCCACCAUGCGCUACUCCGGCAUGGAGAUCUUUGCCCCUAAAGUGCAAUUUCGGGACCCUCGUUCUCACCACAGCCACCAGGCUCAGGUGGGGUUCCAGGUGUGCGUGCGUCCCGGCUCCUACAAGGCGGGGCCGCAGACGCUCGGCCACGGCGAGCCGCCGGACCCCCGCUUCAGCAACUCGGAGAUCGAGUGGAUCACGAAGGAGCAGGGCGGCACGCUCCUCUACGGACUCCUCAUCCGGGUGGAGUGAGCGGAGCGGCGAGGGAGGCAUUUUGGGGGGGGGGGGGCGCGGCGCUCCUCGUACCUUCAAUAAACUGACAACCAAAUCCAGCCUCCGCCUUGAGGGAGAGACUCCUCUGGAAUCCAGAUGUUUUCAACCGUGGAUUGUUGAGAAUUCUGAAUUAUCAAUUUAUUUUUGGGGGAGGCUCUUUUAAAGGCCGGGGGGGCACGGCGGGUUUCAGAGAACGACGGACACUGCCUGCACUUUAUGUUUUGGACCCUCGUGGGCGAUUUUUAAACUAACUUCUCAUCGACUCAAAAACGACAUGUUUGUCCAUCCGCUACAUUUAAGGUCGGUUUUCUUUGCCACGUCGCUUCCCCGUUUCCCGACAUGUUUUCCUCAGCUAACUUUAAUCUUUUGGCACUUUUAUUUUAUUUUUUCUGUUAUCACCUGGGCUCUGGUCAGUGUUUCUUUUUUUUUAGUUUUAUUUGGGAGGAGCUGUCCCCCGCCAACCUGCACGUGAAAGGACCUAAAGAGACUGAAGCGUGGGUAAAAAAAAGAACAAAAAUGUCAAAUGUUUUCACAGAAAUGUUAAAAAAAACAAAGACACUUGAAUCUAAAAAUAAACCCGAGAGUGUCUUGUGAUUGUGACUUGAGGGGAGGGGGGAGUUUUAAAAGAAUGUUUACGUGUACGACUGGUUUCUCUUUUUGUCUCCGUUGGCAGUUGCGGCUUCUUCAUCGGUCCCGUUGCCUCGGCAACACGUGUAUUUGACACCCGAGAGGACAAAUCACAAGAUAUUUAAAAAUAUAGAUGUGUAUAUACUUUUAGACGCGGCAGUUUUUGAUACAGGAAAAAGGGGGAUGGGACGGGGGGGCGAAAAGGAAAUGAGCGUAUUCACUCUUGCAGAGUAAGAUGAGAAGAGGGAUUCCACUCUCACGCGUGAAAACAUCCCGUCGAUGUCGUAGAACCAACCGAAGCCAAAAGGUGUAAGCGUCUUUGUUUUGUUCCCCCCAUACACAUCCUUGACUACAGCUCCACCCUCCGAUCCAUCCGUCAGUCGCAUCAGACGGGACGUCCCGAGCCAACGCGUCGAUCACGAGUCAUCCGCCCGUUUACACGCCAACGUCGAUUCGUUGUGUCUCGGCUGUUCCUUUCGCGUCCACAAAACACGAUUCCUUCACGUCGGGGGAACGUUUGUCGGGCGGAGGGGGGGUAGGUGGGGGUUUGACUCCUUCCCGGGGCAUCCACCCAAUGAUUGAUUGAUUGUAUGUGAAUAGCUCUCCAAAGCGCAUCUUUUUCACAGCGCUUCUGAUGCCAAUUUGAUACACCUGCUACAGAACGUGAACCCCCCCCUCGUCCGUCCCCCCGACGCUGUUUCGAUGAGUCAAACUCAAACUCGGUGUGUUUGAAGAAGGUCUGCGGGGGUUUUGGCAGAAGGAAAAAUCUUCCAGUCAAAAAAAAUGUGAAAAUAUGAUAUUCUGGGUUCUUUAUGGCCCAGUGCUGCUUUGUACAAUUUUAUUUGUAUUGUGUUCUUAAUUUGUUUUCUGUAUGUCGCGUUGUACAGGCUGUUACAUAAAAAACAAAACAAAUCAUAUCUUCCUGAUUUAUAUAAAAACAAAAUGAAUAAACUGACAGACAGUAUGCACAGAA